GUCUGUGUGUGCGUGCAUGCGUGUCUGUCAGUGUGUGUGUGUGUGUGCGUGCUUCUGAAAGCAUGAUGGCACUGACCAAUCCCGUCUCUCCUUUGCAGAUGUUUGCACCGCCUGUAGCCAAUGGGAAUAACCGUAAGACGACACUGGCGAGCAGUCAGUUUGGAGGAUCAGCUCUGGAUGAGCGUAAUGGCUCUGGGUCCUGGGGCCCUGAACAGAACAGCCCCUCGUACAACCAGGGACGGCCCUAUGGAGAAGGCCCCCACUACAGCGAACACGAGGGCUUGACCUCACCUUUCCUUAGCUCAGGGCUCGGAGGUAAAGGUGAGAGGGCUCAGUACUCUUCCUUCAGCGGCCAGCCUGGGUUUCUUCCUAGUGAGAUAGCCAUGGCCAGCCCAGACGCUCUGCCCCCCCCCAGUCUGAAGGGGGGCAGCCAGUUCUACCCCUCCUACCCCAGCAACCCUCGCAGGAGGCCCCCAGAUGGAAACAUAGACACUCAGCCUAAGAAGAUCAGAAAGCCCCCAGGUCUGCCGUCCUCUGUGUAUGCCUCCACCUCUGAUGAGUACGUCCGGGACGGUGGUGGGUAUCCUGGGGCCAAACCAGGAGCAGUCUACCCUGGCUCCUUCUACAUGCAAGAAGGCCUCCACUCCUCGUCGGACCCCUGGUCCCCCUCCGGCCCCCUGGGCCAGGCUGGCUACUCUGCCAUGCUGGGACCCCCACACCUGGGCCAGACGGGCUCCUUCUCUGCCCUCAACCCCCAGGACAGGAUGAACUACCCGCUGCAUACCAGUGAGGUUAAUGGAUUCCACCAUGGCCCCGCCCCCGCCUCCGCCUCCUACAACCACGCCCCCGCCAUCAACGGAUCAGACAGCAUCAUGGCCAACAGAGGAAGCACAGCAGGCAGCUCGGGGGAGAUCGGAAAAGCUCUGGCAUCAAUCUACCCGUCGGACCACAACAGCAACAACACCUUCUCCCCCUCCCCCUCAACCCCCGUGGGCUCCCCGCAGGCCAUCGGAGUUCAAGCAGCAUCUCAGUGGCCCAGACCUUCCAGUCAAGAUGCCAUGUCGCCCAACUACGAGGGUCAGCUCCACGCCCUGCAAAACAAGAUGGAGGACCGCCUGGAGGAGGCCAUCCACGUCCUGCGUAGCCACGCCGUGGGCCCGGGGGGGCCCGGGGGGCUAGGGGGCCCCCACUCUGACAUGCACAGCCUGCUCAGCGCGGUGCACAACGGGGGCCUGUCUCAGGCCUUCUCAGGCGCAGGCUUGGCCCUGAGCAACAGACACCCAGCCAUGGGAGGGGCCCUUCACGAGGAGGCCACGGGCCUGCCGCCCCCCAACAGCACUCUGCUGCACGGCCACCACGCCUCCGGACCCCCCCAGCCUCCCGGACAGCCAGAGGGCUUCACCAGCCUCCCUGGCAGCGUGGCGCGCUCCACCCACUCCUCCAGCGGCUCGGACAUCAAGAGGGAGGACAAGGACGACGACGAGAACUCCUCCAUCGCCGACAAGUCCGAGGAGGACAAGAACGAGAGCAAAAUGGCUCGAACCAGAGUGAGAAAGGAGGCGUUGGCCCUCCAGAUCCUCUCUAACCUCACAGACCAGCCCAACGAUCAAGACGACGAGGAGGAUGACGAGGACCUGCCCCCGGAGCUGAAGGUGGAGCGCGAGAAGGAGCGCCGGGUGGCCAACAACGCCCGCGAGCGCCUGCGCGUGCGCGACAUCAACGAGGCGUUCAAGGAGCUGGGCAGGAUGUGCCAGCUGCAUCUCACCAACGAUAAACCUCAGACCAAACUGCUCAUCCUACACCAGGCCGUCAACGUUAUACUCAACCUGGAGCAACAAGUUAGAGAACGCAACCUCAACCCCAAGGCCGCCUGCCUGAAGAGGAGGGAGGAGGAGAAGGUGUCCGGCGUCGGCGAGGCGGGCAUGCAGCUGUCUGGAGGGCACCCGGGCCUCGGAGGCGACGGCCAUAACUCAGUCAGCCAUAUGUAAUACCAGAUUUCUGGAAAUCCAUUGGCUGAUGGGAGACAACCUGGCCUUACCUGAUUCUUCCACCUAUCCCUCAGUGUGUAUGUGUGUGUGUGUGUACAUAUACUGACAGUGAUGACAAUGUGUGUGGUGUGUGUGGUGUGUGUGUGCACGGCCAUGUUCAGUUUCCAGGCACACAUCCACACACACUCGAAUUCACGCAUUCGCACUGCCAAAACUGACACAAUCAGUCUGCCCAUCACCCCCAGUCCCUGACUUACCAGCUCAAAUGUGAAGAACUUGUUUUUGAUUUGAUUAUUUUUUUUUAAAUUUGCUAUACAUAUUAUUUGUUAGUUGAUCUUCUAUGAUAAGAUGGAGUAGUGUUGUUCUGGGACUACACACACUGCCGAAGGGCUGCCAGAAAUGCCCCCUGACUAAUAACUCAUAUAAUCAAGGAUUUGUGCCUAAUUCUUACAUGUUUUAUACCACAAGACAUUUAAGCAAAUUGCUUACGUGCAAAGGAACAUUUGUUAAGGGAUUGCUUAUGUGUAUGAGCAAAGGUUUUAUAAAUGUAGUGUUCCCUGUGUAAUGGUACAGUCUUACAUAUGUUAUGUAGCCACGCCCAUGAGAAUGAAAGGGAGAUGGACCUUUUACCCCAGGACGCAGUUAGGGGGUAAACAGGAAGCAGUUAGAGGGUCAACAGGAAGCUGUGGGCCUGACUAGUUCUGGUGUCGAUCACGUUAGUCUUUUUAAGUUGUUCUUCCUUCCCCCAGACAUUUGUUGUGAUGGUUGCUCCCGUGCAUUCAGAAGUAUGCUUGAGAAGGCGGGCAGAACUUGAACACCCUGAAAGGCUUCUGGCCUAGUUAGUGCUCAUGUCCCCGGAAUGUCCCCCCUCAUUUAGCCACUUCCCCCCCCCCCCCCCUCCCCUCCACCCUACUCUGACUCCAGACAGGCCACUGUAACUCGUGGUUGCAAAGUCGUCUCCUCUUAAAACGACCAUUCCCAUCAAUUUUCCCCAGGCACCCGAAGCCACGCCCCUGUGUGAUUGGUCAAACGGACCUUGACGUCGCACAGUACAUUCUCUCCCGUGGGAUGUGCUUUUCUAAGUUGAGUAAAUAAAAAUAAAAAAUAAUAAUUAAAAAAAGGAAUAUAUAUACAAAUAUAUAUUUUUUGUUAGUCUAUACAGUGUAGAUUUCUAAAUAACAAAUGACAAUAUUAGUUGGAAGUUUAGAGUGUAUAGUAGAUGAGUGAAACGAAGAUAUUGAAAUUUUAAAUGAAUUUUCCAUAACUGCUACCUGUGUAGUGAGCAGUGAGUUAGUCGGGGGCACCCGGUCUGAGUGUGGAGGUCUACAGAGACCGCUCACCUGACUGGAACAGGAGGUUCCAGCUGGACCUAGCCUGUGUUUUAUAGAGAUGAGUUGAUUUUUCUCAGCAACAACCCCACAAAAUAUAUAUCAUUUCAAAAAUGUUGGUUCUUCAAACAGGGCCGUGUUGCAGGUGUGUGUGCGUGUGUCGCUGUUCUGUUGCAGUGUUCUUACUGGGUCUGCCUCUGGGCCGACAGUAAUUAUGCAAACUGGUUUUUGAAUGUACCAUUCAUAUGUCCCUCCUAGGUUUCCUUCCUCUUUUUUUUUUUUUUUUUUGUUUUCAUCUUUUUUGUUGUCGUUUCUUUUGUUUACCUUUUUGUUUCCAAGUUCAAUCUGCGCUCUUCCUACAGGGUGCUGGUCACUACACAGAUGAUGUCCCGACAUCAUCAUAGCGACGUCGUUGUUGUGUUGUUGUUUUUGUGCGUAAGGAACAGGAGGGAGGUGGGAAACAGUGUUAAUUCCUGUGAUAAGUUAUUGCCGUGUCGUAAGACAUGAACUAGAUUCCCCCCCUCCCCCCCCCCCCCCCCCCCACACACCUUUCUCCCUGAAAUCUUUUAGAUGUCAACUCUUCUGCAUGGAUGUAAAAGCGUUUGGUUGGUCUAAGAGGAAACCCCUCUGACCAGGCGGAUGCUUGGAGAUCAGUGCAGGGGGGGUGUGAGGGUGGGAAACGAGGGGGCAGGUGUGAUCCCAGGGGAAGGAUGGCAUCGUGGAUCUCCUGUGGUCGUAGUAUUGGUGAUAAAAGAUUUAAGUUUACUUUUUAAGAAAAAGAAAAAAGGGGUGGGAGGAAAGAAAGGAAAAAAAAAAAAAGAAGAAAAACAAAACAAAUUUUACAAAUCAAUAGUGUGGCCUUUUCCUUCUCGAGACUAGCGAUGUCAAGAGUGGAGAGUGAUGCCUUUUCAGUGCCUGAAUUUGUAUUUUCUUUAACUCUGCGACAGUUUUCUCUUGUCCACCCAUAUCAUUUCACCCAGUUCCUCUGGUGAGACCACUCCUCUGCAGAGUUCACCUAAACUCCUUCACACAUAUUUCAGGAAGAAGCUUCAAAACGGGAAGCGAUCGAACCCUUCUGCCAGUGUAUCUAGUUGAAUAAACAUUUAAGUGAUAUUUAGAUCUCGUUAGUUUUUCUAUGUUUUUGUUGCUUUUUAUUGCAACUGGAUUUGGCCAGGUGUCCAAACAGCUGGUCAGUGAAGGUUGAGUUGGGUCCUGUUUUUGGUUUGUUGAUUUGUCAACCUCCCCUCCCCCUCUCCCAGCUUUUGAUUUCAAGUUUACUGGGAGAUUAAUUACAAGCCACCAUGAAUGGAGCCUCUCAACGUUCUAGAACUAGCGUCAGGUGGUGUGACGGCAUCAUUCCAGAACAUCCCUGUAUCUUGACUCAUCCACUCAUCUGCAGCGACUUCUAUUUCCCUCUUGAAAUCUCUCUUAAAUAAUCCUCUCGAAAAAGUCUCCUGGAAGACUUCAGACAGCAACCUCUCCUAAGGGGUUUAUCAAGUACUCAAAUAUGUGUCUAUUACAAGGUUAAGUAAAUGUGUACUAAAUAUUUGCGAUGAUAUUAUUUUAUUUUUUCCCGUCCCAGAAAUGUAAGAAAGGACUGAUAUGAUUUGCUGUCAUUGAGUAUUUUGUGAACAUCCCACGAUGAUUGACUGAUGUACCAUCUGUGUUCUGAGGUGUGGGGUGGGGGAGGGAGGGAGGGAGGAAGGGGGAGAUGGAGGGUGUGGUUUCUGUGUCUUGGGACCUGAAUGAAUAAUGACAGGUGUCUUGUUUGAACACUUCAGAGGCAAAGACUCCUCUCUCUUCACGGUCUUGACGACAUGGAAAAGCAACAACUGGAAACUUGUAUUAAACACAGUGGCAGCACGAAUCGAUCACACGUUUUGUCAUUUCUAAUCUCGAUUCGGCAGCAACCUUCUGCUUUCUCCUGUCGGUAUUCAGUCAGGUUGGCUGAUCCACACCAGAAGGGGGAGGAGUUAUCUCCUGCAGUGUUCAAACAUGGCCGCUCACAGCGUCCAACCCUAAGAGACGGGACACAAUCACAACUGCUGUGGAGUCUUCAGAGUGCCUCCAGUCCCUGUCUCUCAACUUUUAGUUCUUUUUAUUUUUUAUUUUAUAUAAAGUAGUUAUUGAGAACUGUCCUGUAUAUAACAGUAAUGUAGCAAUAAAUGUGCCAUUUUUAAUAACAGAA